CGCGCAUCACCGCUGCUCCAUGGAGACUUGAGCCGCGCGCACCGAGCGCAUUCACUGUGAAUUAAGCCGAACUACAGAAGAGCAAGUCAACAGCGAGUGUUGGAGUCCACCGGAAUACACACACCGUCUUUGUGCAAAGUUGCUUGACAAAUUUUUCUCAGCCUAUACAGGAGCUACUCAACAAAAUGAACCUCUGUUAACGUACGUCUGUCUGUCAGAGCAGAGGUUUAUUGAUCGUCAUCUCUGCGACUGGUGGACACAGUUACCGCUACACUGCCACCAUGCUUCAUUUUCGCCUUCCUUCGACCCCUUUCUCCUUAACUCCUUGCCUUUCCUCUCUCCUCCUCCUGAUCUUCCUCUUGGGGCUCGCCCAUCUUUCUCAGGCCAGUGGCGACGCCCACAGCAGCCCGGGGAACUGUUCAGGGGAGGACAGCUGCUCUGAGGGUGUCGUCUUGCCGGUAUGGAACCCCCAGAACCCCUCUGUAGGCGACAAGGUGGCACGUGCCAUCGUCUACUUUGUGGCCCUCAUCUACAUGUUCUUGGGCAUGUCCAUCAUCGCCGACCGGUUCAUGUCAUCCAUCGAGGUGAUUACAUCUCAAGAGAAGGAGAUAACGAUCAAGAAACCCAAUGGAGAGACCACCACUGCGACCGUACGCAUCUGGAACGAGACAGUCUCCAACUUGACCCUCAUGGCUUUGGGAUCGUCGGCCCCUGAGAUCCUGUUAUCCGUGAUUGAGGUCUGUGGGCACAAGUUUGAGGCUGGUCACCUGGGCCCGAGCACAAUUGUGGGUAGUGCUGCCUUCAACAUGUUCAUCAUCAUCGCCCUCUGUGUUUACGUGGUCCCAGAUGGUGAGGUACGCAAAAUCAAACACUUGAGGGUCUUCUUUGUGACGGCAGCCUGGAGCAUAUUCGCCUACAUUUGGCUCUACUUGAUCCUCGCUGUCUUUUCUCCUGGUGUAGUGGAAGUUUGGGAGGCCGUGCUUACUUUCCUCUUCUUUCCGCUCUGUGUGGUUCAGGCCUGGAUCGCUGACCGUCGUUUGCUCUUUUACAAAUACGUCCACAAGCGCUACCGUGCUGACAAGAACCGUGGGAUCAUCAUUGAGACGGAGGGUGACGGCAUGUUCACCAAGAUGGAUAUGGAGAUGGACGGCCAAGGUGCCAAUUCCCACCACAAGGAGGCACUUGAUGGGAUGCUGGCUGGGGUGGAGGAAGGAGGUGGAGGGGAAGAAGAGGAGGCGAGGAGGGAGAUGGCUCGUACGUUGAAGGAACUCAAGCAAAGACACCCGGAGAAGGACAUGGAGCAGCUGAUUGAGAUGGCGAACUAUCAAGUGCUAGUGCAACAGCAGAAGAGUCGAGCUUUCUAUCGCAUCCAGGCUACUCGCAUGAUGAUUGGAGCGGGGAACAUCCUCAAGAAGCAUGCUGCGGACCAAGCCAGGAAGGUGGUGAGCUGCCAUGAGGCUAAUGCCCAAGAAGAAGACCCUCACACCAUCUACCUGGAGUUUGAGCCCUCUCAUUAUCAAUGCUUUGAGAACUGCGGCUCUUUAAAACUCUCUGUGACCCGACAUGGUGGAGACAGCGGCUGCACUGUCAAGGUUGACUAUCGCACAGAGGAUGGCACUGCUAACGCAGGAUCAGACUAUGAAUUCGCCGAGGGCACCCUGGUCUUUAAACCGGGUGAGACGGUGAAGGAGCUGACAGUCGGUGUGAUUGACGAUGACAUAUUCGAAGAAGAUGAGCAUUUCUACGUACAUCUCAGCAACCCUCGUGUUGUCCACCGUGCCGAGGUCUCCGUCCUCGACCCUAAUGCGGUGUCGCCAGGCAACAGCAUUAUAGGGUCCAGCCACGUUCCUCCCAAAGCUGCCCUAGGUAACACACACACUGCCACGGUGACCAUUUACGAUGAUGACCACGCGGGGAUCUUCACGUUCGAGACCAAUUCCACACGAGUGAGCGAAAGUGUGGGCAUCAUGCAGGUGAAGGUCCACAGAACAUCUGGAGCAAGGGGGAAGGUGGCAGUACCGUACCACACUACGGAGGGAAACGCCAAAGCUGGAGAAGACUAUGAAGAGGUGGCUGGCAAACUGGAGUUCCUCAAUGAUGAGACCAUGAAAAUCCUGGAGGUGAAGAUCAUUGACGAUGAGGAGUAUGAGAAGAACAAAACCUUCACCAUCCACCUGGGGGAGCCGGUGCUGCUGGAGAUCGGGCAGAAACACGGAGACUCCAAUGAUAACAAACUGGCGGUGGGGGCAGAGGAAGAGGAGGUGGCCAAGAUGGGGUGCCCAAGUCUGGGAGAGCACACCAAACAGGAAGUGGUGAUAGAGGAAUCGUACGAGUUUAAGAAUACCGUCGACAAGCUCAUAAAGAAGACUAACCUGGCACUGGUGGUGGGCAGCAGCAGCUGGAGAGAACAGUUUGUCAGCGCUGUCACUGUCAGUGCAGGUGAUGAUGAUGAAGAGGAGAGCGGGGAAGAGCGCUUGCCCUCAUGCUUUGAUUACAUCAUGCACUUCCUGACAGUUUUCUGGAAGGUUCUGUUUGCCUUCGUUCCACCUACGGAGUACUGGAACGGCUGGGCCUGCUUCAUUGUCUCCAUCACGCUCAUCGGGGUCCUGACCGCUGUUACUGGAGAUUUGGCCUCUCACUUUGGUUGUACAGUAGGCCUGAAGGACUCUGUCACAGCUGUGGUGUUUGUGGCCUUGGGCACAUCUGUGCCUGAUACUUUUGCCAGCAAGGUGGCAGCCAUCCAGGACCAAUACGCCGAUGCAUCCAUUGGAAAUGUGACAGGUAGUAAUGCAGUUAAUGUCUUCCUGGGUAUUGGAGUGGCGUGGACCAUCGCUGCUGUGUACUGGCACAGUCAGGGCAAAAAAUUCCAGGUCCCGCCGGGGUCGCUGGCGUUUUCCGUCACCCUCUUCACCAUUAUGGCACUGCUGUGUGUUCUGAUACUGCUGUACCGCCGCCGGCCCUCUGUGUCCGGGGGCGAGCUGGGGGGUCCGCGAACCGCCAAGCUGCUCACCGUGUUCCUCUUCCUCAUGCUGUGGCUCAUCUACAUCCUGCUGGCCUCGCUGGAGGCUUACUGCCACGUGCCUGGCUUCUGAGAAAGUUCCUGAGAGAGAUGUACUCUUUGCUGUAAAACCUCCCAUCAUUCUUCCUCUCUGCUUUUGUGUAUAUGAGAAGUCUAAAAUGAGUGUUUACAUCUGUUCUUACUGAUUAUUAUCGCUGUUGAAAUUGAACUCGCAUCCUUUAGCUAACACUGACGUGGAUUUCUAGAUGAGUGUCAGUGGAGGAUGAUAGAGGCUCUGUGGUUUCAUGCACAGCUUCUCUUUAUAGAUGGAUCUCUUUUACAUGGUGUCUGCCACCCCCUGGAUAUUCAGACAGAGCAACUCUCUCCAGAAUACUCUCUAGAGAGCCCCCUUAGCGUUUUUCUUGCUUCAGUGCUGUUUUUUCCAAGGAUGGUCCUUUAUGCCUCACUUCGAUAUUCUCUCAGAAAUCCCUCAUCUAUUAUUCUCUCUUCCCUCCAAGUCGCUGUCAAUAGACUCAUUCCCACUGCAGAGAUCUGGGCAUGCUUCACACCUCUACCUACCCUCAAGACAUGAACACUCUGUUUCAUCUGUCUUCUCUUGCCUGUUACUGAAGCUCCCCGCAGACAUUCGUACCACACUAGCGCUUUUCAUUUUUCACAACUAUAAUUUCAGCUCAAGUGAUCCGGUGAGGGCUGAGCUUCUCAAACUGACUCCGCCCCUAAUAUGACCUUUGCCCAUAACCCUGGCCAAAUUCUACUCAAACAUCUUCAUCACCUCUGAACAUGCCCCAGUGCUACCUACACCAGACCUUCUUCAACUCUUGACCUCACGCUCAAUAAUUAUACAACAACUUCCUCACUAUUAACAUCACUUCAAUGUUAUCGCAGGCCCUGCCUAGUACUACUUAUACCCUUAUACUACUAUAGUGACCCUGCCCCAUCACUACAUACACCACACCUUCACUUCUGACUCCACCCAUUACACUACCU